AUGGACUCCCAAGCCACAAACAUCUUUCGCAAAUUCGGCACCAAGAAGAAGCGCGACUCGAUGCCUCUUCCAACGAAACGGAUAAUCCUACCCAAACGCACGGAAACUCGCGAAACGGCACAUACUGUCGCAAAAGCCGACCCAGGACCACUACUCCCAGCCAGUACAUCUCUCGACCUCGACCGUGCCCUCCUACCACUCCACGACCCCCCCAGCUCCCAACCCCAACCCCAACCUCAACCCCCAACAGCAGAAAUCACCCUUUCCGAGCCUUGGGUCUCCUCCCAUCACCACCACCACCGCCGGGCACACUCAACCUCGACCCGCAACGGCACCCCCACCCCCUCGCCAUGGGAAGAAGCAGAGAUGAACCGCCUGAAAGCCAGCCAUGAAGAACAAAUCCGGGACCUGAAGAUGAAGCUGGGGAUGGAGCUGGAGGACACGCGCCGCGACAUGGCCAGACGAACGCACCAGCUGGUUGAACUCACCCGUCUGCACGACCGUGACAAGGAGGCGGUCGAGCGGGUCAAGGAGCUGGAGAAGGAGGGGGAGAAGGUGAGGGAGGAGUUGAACAAUCUCAAGAACAACGCCAAGCAGAACUUUCAGAUUGCCGAGGAGUGGAAGAAGGCGCAUGAUGACUUGACGAGGGAGAAGGAGAGGCUGGCGGAGGAGUUGAAAGAGGGGAGGGGGCAGUUGGAGAGUUCUGAGAAACAGGUUGCCAAGCUGGAGGGGGAGAGGGGGAAGUUGACGAGGCUGCUGCAGGACGCGGAGGUGGAUUUUCAGAGGAUGGUGGAGGAGAGGGAGGUCAAGUUUGCAAAGGAGAGGGAGGUUCACCGGAGUGAGACGGAUUCCCAGUUGCGGAAGUUGCUUGACAAGAUGGAAGAUGGGAAGAGGAGACUCAAGGCCGAGUAUGAGGUGGAGAAGUCAGCGAUGACGCAGCAGGUGCACGGGUUGAAGGCUGAGCAGAAACACCAGGCGAGAAGGUACGAGGAGCAGAUACAAAGACUGAAAGACGAAAGCACCAUGAGGCUUCAGGAGCUGCGUCACCACUACCAGAUCGAGUUGGAGAGUCAGGCGGCAAAAUACAAGACCGAGAUCAGCCACCGCAUCGAAGAGUCCGACGCCAAGAUGGCAGUUUACAUGAUGAACCGUGACGAACAGGCGGCUCGGGAAAGGGAACAGUACGAAAGACAAAUUGCUGACCUCAAGCAGGUCCUGAUGGAAAGACCGGGCGACUUUGACCUGCGACUUGUGUCUGACAGGAGUCUCAAGGAGGAAUACCGGGCACUAAAGCGAUCUGUCGACACAAUCACGUUCAAUCUCGGCCCCAUGACAAUCGACAGGAGCAUCGAUGCGGCCAGCUUCCUGGAGCGAGAGGGAAAAGGCCAGGAGAGGCUUUUUGUAAAGGCUCUCAUCUGGGCCAUGAUCCUGGAUGGCUUCUUCUCGGUGCCGUACGGGUUUGGAGCACUGGGGCCUGGGGGCAAUGGGGGGCCAUUGUUUGAACUGUACCGGAGCUGGAAGGGAAUCGUCGAGGGUGAUGGGUCAAAGGACGAGAAUGGUCCUCUGGGACAGAAUGAGUUUGGGCCUUUGUACCGGGAUCGAUAUGCGAAUUCGUGGCGCUCGGCGACUUUUCAGUCUAUCCUGUAUGCUGCUGCAGCAAAGGAUGCGGAUGGCAACAGUCUGGCCACUGGGGUCAGCAAGACUGUCCAGGUCAAUCGCCAACGAGUCCAGGAUAACAUGCUGGCGAUGCUGAAGAGCGUUUGCUGUGGCGAUGUCAGCAAAGAGAUACAAGAGGAGCUGACGGUGGCCGUGGGGAGGGCGAGUGAGCUGGCCAUUGUAUUCGGAGCACAUCGAGCAAAUGUUUGUUUUAGCACCCCCAAACGAGGCGAUGCAGUUGAACUCGGACGGGAGUUCGUCGACUGCCAAGACAGCGAUGGCAGCAAAGGGGUUACCGUGACGGUUGAGCUGCCGGUGCUACCGGCUCUGUUCAUCAUCGGCGAUGGGAAGAAUGAUCUGACAAGUGUUUUGUGCGUGGAGCAAGGGGAGGUAUUACCGGUAGCCGGCUCAUGA